CACAGAGAGAGAGAGAGACAGAGAGAGAGAGAAAGAGUGAGAGAAGCACCUGUGUGGCAGCUUGCAGGUUUCAGUCAAGCAACUUACUGUCAUGUUUGGAGGCUAAAGUUUAUGAUCAUUUUAUCUUUAACUCUUCAGGAUGAGGGUAACCUUCCAUCUCCUUUUUCUGCUGUCUCUCUGGACAGAGACCACACAAAGUGACCUGAGGAACCUGGACAGGAACCUCACAGAGGAGCAUGAGCGUGUGCUGAUUCGCACUAAGAGGAGGUGGGUUCUCUCUACAAUUGAGCUGCAGGAGGAGGAUCCUGGACCUUAUCCCAAAGAGGCCACACAGUUGUUCAAUGAUAAGAGCUCUAUGCACAAGCUCCGGUUCAGUAUCAGCGGUCAAGGCGUGAACGAAGACCCGAAGGGUGUGUUCACCAUUGAACCCUUCACUGGUGCGGUCAUUGUACACAAACCUAUAGACCGAGAACUGUACCCUGUUUUCUUGGUGGAGUUUGAUGUUGCGGAUCGAGAGAGCGGCUCAAUUCUUGACAGAACUUUAUCAUUCAGUGUGGCCAUAAAGGACAUAAAUGACAAUGCACCUGAGUUUUUACCUGAGGUUCUACAUACAUCAAUUCCAGAAAACACCCAAGAAGGAGUGCUCCCAGUUUCACUGCAGGCUAAAGACAAAGACGAGAAGGGCAACGAGAACUCUCGCAUCACCAUGAGGGUGGUGUCUCAGGACCCGCCGUCACCAGUUAUCACCCUCAAGCCUCUCAGUGCACGCGGUUCAGAUGACAAUGUCAUCACACAGCUCAUCUUCACUGGGUGCUUUGAUUAUGAUAAAGCAAAGGCUUAUAAACUGCUUGUGGAAGCCCAAGAUCAUGGAAACCCAGUGCUAACCUCUACUGCCACUGUUAAUAUAGACAUCAUUGACUCCAACACACAUCAACCUGUAUUCACUGCUACAAAGUACAAUGCUCAGGUUAUGGAGAUGGAAACCAACAAAGAGAUUUUAAGGUUGUCUGUAGAAGACAAGGAUACCCCCAACACCCAAGCAUCUAAAGCUGUCUACAAGAUCCUCAAAGGAAAUGAGGACGGCAACUACAAGAUUGAAACAGACCCGAAAACCAAUGAAGGAGUGUUAACUGUCAUCAAGGGGAAAGAUUAUGAGAGGACAACUCUUACUCAGUUGGAAAUAUCAGUGGAGAACGAGGAGCCAUUGUUUCUAUGCAUUGAUGGAAAGCCAGCAUCUCCUGCCAUGCGCGCUGCGAGAAAACUCAACACUACCAAGGUUGAUGUCAAAGUCAUUGAUGUGAACGACCCACCAGUGUUUCAGCAGAAGAUUCAGACAGUGUACAAGAAAGAGGAAGGGAACCCCGGAGAGGUGCUGUACGAACCUAUCGUCAAAGAUGUGGAUUCAGACGCUGAUAAAAUCAGGUAUGAAUUAGUCGACGACCCAGCCAAGUGGGUGAAGGUGGACCCCAAAACAGGCAAGGUCACCACAGUGAUGAAAAUGGACCGCGAGUCUCCAUAUGUAGUCAACGGCACCUAUACAGUUGUGAUCCGAGCAAUAGACAAUGGGGAGCCUCCUGCCACAGGCACAGGAACCUUGGUGAUUCAACUGGGAGAUCUAAAUGAUAACGCACCCUACCUGACCUCCAACAACUCGAUCAUGUGUGGAAAUAAGACUCAAAGGGUGACAGUAAAGCCUGAUGAUGCUGACGCACCUCCAUUUGCGGGACCCUUUUCCUUCUCUAUUGCGAGUGAAGAUAAGAAGCUGUUGAGCAUGUGGAAGUUCAACCCAAGCACAGGGUCUGAAUCUUCAUUGAUAAGUCUGAAGAGUUUGCCAUAUGGGAAUUACUUGAUUCCACUGCGCAUCGAGGACCAGCAGGGGAAAGUAGGACUGGACACUCUGAAUGUGGUGGUGUGUGACUGUGGGGAUAAAGAUGUGUGUCGAUCGCCCCUGCCUCGUUCUUCUAACCUGAAUGGAGCAGCUAUAGGAAUCCUACUGGGAUCGUUGCUGUUAUUGGCUUUACUGCUCUGCUGUUGUUUUCUUUGCGAGUACAAAGCAAAGGAAUUUAUACUAAACAUUCAAGAGGAAGGGAAUCAAACCCUUAUCAACUACAAUGAGGAAGGAGGGGGCUCACUCGCCAAGGCUGAAAUACAGGUAGUCCAGUCCUCCACUAAUGGCCUGAAGUCAGGACCUAUACAGCUCACAGAAUUCUCUAAUGGAUAUGGAGGGAAUGGAUAUAAUGAAUCAACGAAAAGGAGAACAAUGUCUUCAGGGGGCUUUCAGGAGACAACUGAGGCUGGCAGAACCUUGAUGAGUCGGGGCUGGGUUACGAGCAGGAGCUUCACCUUCAGGAAUGGGGCUAACAGAUUCUCCAGGUCCUUCAGCCUGAUGUCAGACUGGAACAUAGAAGACCAUCUUCUAAGGAAACUGUAUGAACUUCCUGAAGACCAGCUGGACUUCCCUGAGUGCCACCCUCAUGAGUACAGCUACGAGGGAAUGGGAAGCACGUGUCCAUCUCUAGACGAGCUCUCCUUUAGCGCUGAUGGAGACGAUCUGGACUUUCUCAACGACCUAGGCCCAAAAUUUCACAUUUUGGAUGGGAUUUGUCGGAAGACGAUGGAAGAGAAGAACAUAAAGUUGUAAGAGAGGACACAGACAAUGCAUUAUUUCGUUUUUACUUGUUUUGAUUUUUUAAAUGGAUCUUGGACAUUUUAUGGGUUUAUGGAAACAGUGGGUAAUCUUUUUAAUAUAACAUUGGUGGAAAUUAUCUCUCAGGGGCAUCAACCAAUGAGAAAACCUGUUUACAUUGGGCCACAUCUUUUUAUAUUACUUCUGGAAGGAAAUGCCUGCAAAAACAUCAGAUAUCCAGCAUCUGGACAUGAAAUCCAGUCUUUUCUGUGGGCUGGUUAUAAAGCAGUGGACCUGCCAGUUAUAUUUGGUGGUGGAGAUAAAACAGUUGUGGUAUAACUGGACUAAAGCUCUGGAAUGGUGACAUACCUCCUGGAACGUUGUUGGUUUUAGGCGUUAAGCCAUAUACAGUAAACUUGGGUGAGUACUGUGACAUACUGUACAUACUGUAACUGCUCUAUGAAUGAGUACAGAGCAUUUUUAGUGAAAGAGUGAAGAUCACUCAUCAGUCUACAUUAGGUAAAGUGACAUGUUGACAUUGUGUUCUAGCUAAUGUUGAGCGACACUGACAGAAAUAAACAUCACAAUAUAUUCCAAACAUA